UUUUUUCUAUACUUUGCCCUAAUUUCUUAUCCUUUCCCUCCCCAUUCACCCCCUCAUUGUUAAGUUCUUCAUAACCAUUUUUCAUUCUUUAUCACCGUUUUUUGUUUUCCUGAUCAAAAAACGAUUCUUAGAAUCAAGAUUCUUCUUCCCGAUUUCUAUUUCGGUAUAAUUGUUUUUGCUGCUCAAAGAAGAUUCUAGCGGUUCAUUGCUAGCUUCAAAGCCUUGAAUACGUUGGUUGUUAAGAUUUGGUGCUUCCCAAUUAAAGUAACCAAUGCUGAACAAAUUACCAAUGGCGGAUCUAAAGAAGACCGAGAAGCUUGGUAGCAAACACUGUCGCCAAGACUUCUCUGAUAACAUCAGCACAACAAUGGUGCCGAAUCAAAAAGAAGUAGACGCCAUUCGAGCAAUGACGGAAAUAGGUCUUCCCGAUAAAGCAGUAAGGACAAGGCUGAAGGAACUGCUGAAGAUGUAUGCCGAUGAUUGGUCACAUAUUGAACGAGAAAACUACAGAGCGUUGGCAGAUUACAUAUUCGAGUGUGAAGAGCAUAAGGAACCAGACGCAAAGAGGGUGAAAGAGUUGUCUUUUAGAGCAGCUCCACAACUUCAAUUAAUACAUGAUGUUGAAGCUUCAUCUUCCGAGGGUGAAGUCAAACCAUUGUCUUGUAAAAGAAGAGCCCAGAAUGAGGUUUUUACACCUCAACUACAUCUUAGAGACAAAAGAAAAGAACAUAUAUCGAAAAAAAGUCGUUUGAGAGUAGAAAAAUCAGAACAUCCUCAGCCCGAAGUCAAAUGCAAAAAGCCCAUUUCUUGUCAAUUUUCCAGGAAGCAAAUAUUGAAUUCAAAAAGAUCCUCUGUUAUCUGUCUUUCAAAUCAGAAAUCCAUUGUUCAUCUUGAUCCCAAGAAUAAGGAACUAACCAGUGGCCAUGCCCAGUUGGAAGUUCCUAUUUCAGGGAUCCAACCAAUCGACUCAUCUCCAGUUAGAAAUGAAGAAACCUGGUUGGGGCACAAGGUACAUAGUGAUUCCAAAAAGAAAAAUGAAGGUGAUUGUGUUACGGAUCACCAGAGAAGACCUGCAUCAACUAUGGAGAAUGCGAGCAUCCGAGAGUCAUUUUCUUCUGAUUUGGAGAUUGCUUCAUCAGAACUGGGAGAAGUUAAAGUUUCUCUGCACUGCAAUGAUGCCCUUGAACGGCCAGACUUCAGCAGGCCAGAUCUAGAUGCAAUUCUUAGGAUGACGGAGGAAAAAUGCCUCAAGUCCUACAAAAUUAUGGAUCCCAACUUUUCAAUAAAGAAGCUGAUGAAAGACUUGUGUCAUUACUACUUAAAUGCUGAAACCAAGACACAAAAAAACAAGGGAAAGGGACUUGUAAAUGCAGUACAACCUCCUGUUCCCUUGAAAAACUCUUCCGUGAAUCCUGAAGCCAACCAUGUGCACGAUCUUACUAUUCUAGAAAGUUCUGUAAAGAGCUCACUGAAUUCUCGUACCCAGAUUCCCCGCCUUCUUUCAAGGGAUGGUCUUGGUUUUCCUAGUAACAUUGUUCAGCCCGCAGAGAAAGUGCUUGUGAAGACCAAAGGUGGGAACGGUGAUAAAGACAUUCCUGAAUGCUCACAGCUUUCAAAUUCAAGAAGUUUGGUGGUUUUCAAUCAGAGAGAAUGUAACCUUGAUGGUACAAGGCCUCCCCAUAACGUGGCAGACAUAUCCAAAGGAGCUGAGAGAGUUAAAAUUCCACUGGCAAGUGAAGUCUCUACUGAACAAUACCCUCCUUCUUUUUACUACAUACCACGAAACCAAGUGUAUCAAAAUGCUUAUAUAAACUUUUCACUUGCUCGGAUUGGGAAUGAAGAUUGCUGCUCAAGUUGCUUCGGUGAUUGUGUAUCCUCAUCAAUUCCCUGCGCAUGUGCACGCAUAACUGGUGGGGAGUUUGCAUAUACAGUGGAAGGCCUUGUCAAAGAGAAAUUUCUGGAUGAGUGCAUAUCACUCUAUCAGAAUCCUCAAAAGCAUACCCACAUUUAUUGCAAAGAUUGUCCCAAUGAAAGGUCUAAAAAUGAGGAUCUCCCUGGUAAGUGCAAGGGACACUUGAUGAGGAAGUUCAUCAAAGAGUGCUGGAGUAAAUGCGGAUGCGACAUACAAUGUGGUAAUCGAGUGGUGCAGAGAGGCAUAACAUGCAAUUUAGAGGUAUUUUUGACCGGAGAGGGGAAGGGAUGGGGCAUUCGUUCCCUUGAAAAUUUGCCAAGAGGUGCUUUUGUUUGUGAAUAUGUUGGUGAAAUAGUAACAAAUACUGAGCUAUAUGAGCGUAAUUUGCGGAAUUCUGGCAAUAAGAGACAUACAUAUCCAGUAACAUUAGAUGCUGACUGGGGUUCAGAAGCUGGUUUGAAGGAUGAAGAGGCCCUCUGUUUGGAUGCAACUGUUUAUGGAAAUGUUGCAAGGUUUAUAAACCACAGGUGUUCCGAUGCAACUUUGAUUGACAUCCCCGUUGAAAUUGAGACCCCUGAUCAUCACUACUAUCAUAUUGCAUUCUUCACGUCGCGAAAUGUUGAAGCUUUGGAAGAACUUACCUGGGACUACGGGAUCGAUUUUCAAGACCAUGCUCAUCCUAUUGAGGCGUUCCAGUGUCUAUGUGGAAGCAAAGGUUGCCGAGAUAAACAACAUAAAACAAUCAGAACCAAAUCAACCCGGUACAAUUUCAGAUCAUAACGUGCAAACUCUGUGAAGGACAGUAGCUUAUCAUUGAAAGUUGGCCUUCUUUUGGAUAUCCCUACAUUCAUUCCAACAAAGAAAAUAGAAUAGGAAAACUCGUACUGUAUAUUCUUCCCUUAUUCUUUUGCUCUGCUUAAUGAAGUAUAUUAUCAACCAGGCUAGCUAUUUGUGUUAUUUCAUCUAGAUAGAUAACUUGGGGGAUACACCGCUACCUCUUUUAGGUGAAAACUGAAGUAGGUUUUGAGGCUGUAUACUGUAUAGGGUGGUAUGCGAUAUGUACAGGUUCUAUCUUUGGUAGAUUU